AUCAUUACAGCUUUGCCACUCUCCUCCUCUUCUCUUCUUCUCCCACCAAACUCCAAUGUCUCAAACUUGACCAAUAAUAAUACUCUCUCAAUCUCAAAUGUCGGAUGGGAAGCCCGCCUUCCUCAACCAAGAGCUCUCCAAACGAACCCCAAUCUUCGGCCUCCGCCUCUGGGUGGUCCUCGGCAUCUGCGUCGGCGCCGCCGUCGUCCUCCUCCUCUUCCUCAUCUCCCUCUGGUUCACCUCCCGAAAAUCCAGAAAAAGCUCCCUCCUUUACAUCAACAACAAGAAUUCCCCCGCCGUCUCCAGAGAAAUCCAAGAAAUCCGGAUUGACCCGCCUCGAAAGCCCGACCCGGCUCCCGAAUCCGAAAUCAAGAAGCCCGUUCAGAAUCCCAAUUGCGAUGGCGGUGGGCCGGAGGUUUCUCAUCUCGGGUGGGGCCAUUGGUACACUCUCAGAGAGCUUGAGGCAUCCACCAAUGAAUUUGCUGAUGAGAAUGUGAUUGGUGAAGGUGGGUAUGGGAUUGUUUACAAGGGUGUUUUGGAGGGGAAUCAUAUGGUUGCUGUCAAGAAUUUGCUCAACAACAGGGGGCAAGCAGAGAGAGAGUUUAAGGUUGAAGUGGAAGCAAUUGGGCGCGUGAGACACAAGAAUUUAGUGAGGUUGCUUGGCUAUUGUGCAGAAGGAACUCACAGGAUGCUUGUUUAUGAGUAUGUGAACAAUGGGAAUUUAGAGCAAUGGCUUCAUGGAGAUGUAGGGCCUUGCAGCCCUCUAACAUGGGAGAUUCGAAUGAACAUCAUUCUUGGAACUGCAAAAGGAUUGACUUAUCUGCACGAGUGUCUCGAGCCUAAGGUGGUCCACCGCGACAUAAAGUCAAGCAACAUCUUGUUGGACCGGGACUGGCACGCCAAGGUGUCUGAUUUUGGCCUUGCGAAGCUCAUAGGCUCGGAGAAGAGCUACAUCACCACGCGUGUGAUGGGGACGUUUGGCUAUGUCGCCCCUGAAUAUGCCAGCACCGGGAUGUUGAAUGAGAGGAGCGACGUCUACAGCUUUGGCAUCCUCAUAAUGGAGAUCAUCACGGGGAGGAACCCGGUGGACUACAGUCGCCCUGAAGGGGAGGUAAACUUGGUCGAUUGGCUUAAAACAAUGGUCUCGAACCGCAACUCUGAGGGCGUGUUGGAUCCAAAACUACCCGAUAAGCCAUCUUCACGAGCAUUGAAGCGCACCCUUUUGGUUGCGUUGAGAUGUGUGGACCCAAACUCCCAAAAAAGGCCGAAGAUGGGGCAUGUGGUUCACAUGCUCGAAGCGGAUGAUUUCCCUUUUCGUGAAGAUCGGAGAAGUGGAGGGAAGGAGCACGGGAGAUCAGAUCGCGAUGGAGCCAUGUCAAUGGAGAGGCGGUUGGGUGAACCGGGUGACAGCAGUGGGUACGAGAGCAGCGUUCAAACGGAUGGGACAUUGUUGAGAAAGGAGGAAAGAGACGACGGGCGAUAGGAAGACCAACGUCUCGUCUCGAACUACUGGUACACUGCUAGGCAGCCUCUCUCUAUGUAAAUACUGUGAUUUUGGCCUCAGCUUUUGAUAUGAAUGGUGAUCAUAGCUCAUUGCAUGUUAUAUAGCAUUUGAUUUAUAGUGUUAUUAAAGAUAUACUAGUGCUUCAAUAUGAUUCAUUUGUGAUGUUUGAUCGAAUUAUUUUGUCAUUAUGUUUGAUUAAAUUUAGUUAUAGCCCAA